GGCGGGGCGGGGGCCGGGCUCGGGCUCCGGGCCGGGCUCGGGGAGCGCAGCACGGGCCGUGCGGGCCGCGGGGAGCAGCGAUGCCGUUCGUGGAGCUGGACACCAGCCUGCCGGCCGAGCGGCUGCCGCCGGGGCUGGCCCAGACCCUGUGCACCGCCACCGCCGACAUCCUGGGCAAGCCGGCGGAGCGGGUGAACGUGACGGUGCGGAGCGGGCUGCCCAUGGUGCUGUCGGGCUCGGCCGAGCCCUGCGCCCAGCUGGUCGUGUCGUCCAUCGGCGUGGUGGGCACGGCGGAGCAGAACAAGGGGCACAGCGCCCGCUUCUUCGACGUCCUGACCAAGCAGCUGGGCCUCGGCCCCGAGCGGAUUGUCAUCCGCUUUUACCCACUGGAGCCCUGGCAGAUCGGCAAGAAGGGGACAGUGAUGACAUUCCUGUGACCCUUUGAGCAGGCUGGAACAAAGCAGUGACGAAGGCAACCCAGAGAUGAUCAGCUCUGUCCAUCCACCUGUUCCCUCCUGUGAUCAAAUCUGUGUAGCUCUGCACCUUCGCCCGAAUGAUUCACUUUUGUCUUUGCGUCCUGUACACACAAAGCUCAAGAGUGAGGCAGAUAACUGUACUGAUUUUACUGAAAUAGUUCAAAGUCUCUGUUUCAAGCUCAGGCCUAGACAAAGUUGCUUGUAGCAAUAAAAACUUUAAUUCUAGAACAUUUGUCUUUACUGAGGACCAGAGAGGUUCUGAGGUUUAUCUAGUUUUUCUCAUAGUUUGCAAGGCAGAAAAAAUCCUUCUUUCUGUUUCUCUGUAGCAGCAGAAGGGUCUCAGGCCAGCGAAGAUGACCUGGAAAUCAAAUUCUUUUCUUUUUCAGGCUUCUCUGAAAGCCCUUUCUGGAAAUUGAGGUGAUUAUUGGGAGAGAAGUUUAGGCAUUGAAGGCUCAUGUCAGAUCUUGUGCUCUGUGCUCUGCCACUGCCACCUCCUGUGACUGCUCCUACAAAGUGUUACUUGUUCUCAAGGUUUUCAGUGCUCAAUGUCUGCUGAUGGCAGUGUCUGGAGGAAAGAGCUGCUUCUGAAGACCCACACUGUGCCAACAGAAAAUAUUUUGAAGUUUCUGCUACUGCCAGCUUUAAUUUCUGUUGUUCAUUGUUUGUUCAGAAUCCUUUUCCUCGCUGGUAUGGGGAGUUUUGGGAUGGUACAGCAUUUCACUGUGAUCUGUGGUUGAUGUUUCCAGCUCAGUGUCCCUGCAGAGAAGUGUUUUGUGUUUCUAGGACACAUAUACUCCCUCACUUUAGAAUACACAGGGCAUUUUAUUAAAACAAAAACAGGGUACUUUUUGUGUACAAUGUUGCCUCUGCCUUCUGCUGCUAAUGAAAACAUUUCUCAGUUCCCUUUCACUUUGUGGCUUGGUCAGGUGGAGGUCAGGGAGCUCAGCAGAGCUGGGAGCAUGGGACAUCCCUGGGACAUGGGGGUCCAUGAGAACACAAGGUUGAAGGUGGCUUCUGUGCUCCUUCAUCCUUCUAAAUUGAGUUUUAUUUGUUUAUGGCUUUAUUCUAAUUAGCAUUUAAAAGUUGUUUGUUCCCUAUACACUAUACAUGAUUUCUAUGUCUGACAGGAAUGUAUUACCAAACACAAAUUUGUGUAUCAGGUUGGGGGGGCUACACCUUAUCUGGUUAAUAAACUGUAGCAAAGCUUCUUUUGAUAA